AUGGAGCUUGUCACCAUCUCUCACUACCAGGAACGCGUCGUUGCGACGUGUCAAGUCUGUCACGCCAACACCCACAACCACGUGGCCCACCAUGUCCACACUCUGUCGACCACUAUGAACAGCAUCCAGGAUUGCAACAUGCAGCUAUCCAGAUUGCAACUUGCAGCUAUCCAGCACCAGAACCCUCCCACCUCUCUGUUCCUUCUGCUCUGCGAUGACGAGUGGAAGAUCUUACCAACCGAGCCCGUGGCUGACGCAGGUUCAUCUUGGUGA